AGUAGAGGAGAUGAACCACAACUAAGUGAGAGAGAGACGCAUGUGAUGUCCCCGUCUCCAUCUGCUUCCCCUCUCCUCUCACUCCGUCCAAACACUAGCUAGCUACACUCUUCUUCGGUGAUGAGGCCACCGGACAUGGAUGACCCCGGCGCCAGCUCGCACGCCAAGGAGGAGCUGCAGCCGGAGGUGGUUAUCUACACGGCGUCAGCUUCAGCGUCGCGCCGCAGAGCGCGCACCUCGGCCGACCUCUACGCCUUGCGCGCCCUACUACGGGGCUACGGCCUGACCACAGACGAGCGCGACGUGUCCACGAGCAAAGCGCACCGCUGCGAGCUCAAGUCGUUGCUCGCAGCUCGGGGCUGCGCCUUCUCCCUCCCGCAGCUCCUCGUGGGCGGCCGGCUCGUCGGCGGCCCCAAAGAUGUUAGGCAGCUGCACCAGGCCGGCGGGCUGAGGCCUCUCCUCGACGACGCCCCAAGGCCGAGCCCCGCCUUCGUCUGCCAAGCCUGUAAGAGGGUCGGCUCCGUUCCCUGCAGGAAGUGCAGGAACACCCGCAACAAGAUGCGAGAUCAUGGCGUUAUUGCCGACGAGCAGGACAAGGUUGUCCUUUUUUAUCCAACCCAAGAUGUUUCAGUGGGAGGUAGAGGCAGAGAGAUGGAUGCGAGUUUCAGUGUUUCUCUGGGCGCCAUGAGACCCCUUCUUAAGAAGCUUGACAUGAUGCUAGGUCCUCAUGGAUGCAAGUUGACCAAGGGGGUCAAUGAUAGGUGUCAGCUCCUCAAAGAUGAACUUGAAGAAAUAGCCACAUACCUUGAAGAUCUGUUAAAGGUGGAGGACCCUCCCCUGGCGGCCAAGUGCUGGAUGAAAGAGGCACAUGAGUUAUCUUAUGACAUCCUAGAUUGUAUUGACAACUUUGUGCCCCCUGAUCAGUCUCUUGGCUACAAAUUUGACCAUAACAUGACUCAUGUUAAGAUUCCCAAGAGGCUCAAGUGGCAGAAACAGAUUGAAUAUGCAGCUCCUGAUGUGUCAGGACAUGUUAUCUCCAAAACCAUCCGUGUUGAUGUAACUUGUGCUCCCAAGAGGCUCAAGUGGUACCAGCAGAUCGUUGAAAAGGUAUCAGAAUUUAGGAUUUAUGCCCAGGAGGUGGUUCGACGGUACGACAGAUACCAGGUCCACUGUUGUAGCACCUCGGUGGCAAGUAGAUUUUCGGCCAUUGGGCCUAUGAUGCCAAUGCCGCCACCGCCUUGUGAGAAAACUUGUUCCGGCCUAGUAAUUGAUGGUCGGAUGAGUAAGUUUAUCAACUCCCAGCUGGCUAAUGAUGAGAAUCGGCAGCUCAGGGUGGUGUCUAUUCACGGAUCUGGAUGUCUUGGUAAAACAAUGCUUGCCAAAGUGUUGUAUAAUAAAUUGGGGAGGCAAUUCCAUUGUCGGGCUUUCAUCCGGGUGUCCAAAAAGCCUGAUAUGAAAAGACUUUUCUGCGACAUGCUCUCACAAAUCCAGCGAAAGCAUCCCCAAGCAAGCGAAGACGCUUCUGAUGAACUUCACAUUACUACUGAAAAUAUCAGGAAUUAUCUACAUGCCAAGAGGUACCUAAUCGUUGUUGAUGAUUUAUGGGAUACAUCAGCAUGGGAUUUUAUUAAUCAGCUUUUGCCCAAGUGUAUUAAAGGAAGCAGAAUUAUAACAACUACACAGAUUGAAGAUGUUGCAUUAGCAUGUUGCUGCGAUGACCCAGAACAAGUUUUUGAGAUGAAACCUUUGGAUGAUGAUCACUCAAGGAAGCUAUUCUUUGGCAGGAUUUUUGGCUCUGAAAGUGACUGUCCUGAAGAAUUCAAACAAGUUUCAAGCCAAAUUGUAGAAAUAUGUGGUGGUUUGCCGCUAGCAACUAUCAGCAUAGCUAGUCUGUUAGCAAACCAGCCUUCCGUUUCAAUGGAAUUAUUCACACACAUACAUGAUUCGUUUAUCUCUCUUUUGUCAUCAAAUUUAACUUCAGAAAGAACGACACAAGUACUGAACCUCAGCUACAACAGCCUUCCUUAUUACCUAAAGACAUGCCUGCUCCAUCUUAGUAUGUAUCCAGAGGGCUCCAUAAUCUUCAAACAUGACCUGGUCAGGCAAUGGAUGGCUGAAGGGUUUCUUGCUGCAAGUGAAGGGAAAAACAUGGAGGAAGUUGCAGGAUUGUAUUUCGAUGAACUUGUUGAUAGAAGAUUCAUCCAACCUAUGUCUAUCAACUUCAACAAUGAGGUGGUGUCCUGCACAGUUCAUGCCGUGGUGCAUGAUCUUAUUGCGCACAAGUCUGCUGAAGAGAAUUUCCUUGUGAUACUAGAUUACAAUCGAAAGAAUUUGACACUUUCUCAUAAGGUCCGUCGACUAUCGCUCCAACUUGGUGAUGCAAAAUAUGCCAAGAUACCAGAAAACAUGAGAAAGUCACAAGUACGUUCACUUGGAGUUUUUGGACUAUCAGAGUGUAUGCCUUGCAUUGGAGAGUUCAAGCUUGUUCGUGUUCUGAACCUUCAUCUAUCUAGCCAUCAUAAUGGAGACCAAGACCUGGCUAUAGACCUCACUGGGAUAUCGGAACUGUUCCAUCUUAUAUAUCUGAAGAUUGUAUGUGAUGUCUGCAUAAAAUUGCCAGGCUGUAUGAGAGGGCUGCAAUGUUUGGAGACACUGGAUGUUAUGGAUACACCAAGAGGCACUCAUGUUCCCUGGGAUAUUAUAUAUCUCCCACACUUGUUGCACCUCAGUCUUCCUCUUGAUACAUAUCUUCUGGAUUGGGUCGUCGGUAUUCGGACCCUUGGCAUGCUGAACCACCUGGAGGAUCUUUAUAUUCCUACACCUCCUUCUUCUGACCAUGACCAUGUCAAGAGAAGCAUGGGAGCUCUGGGUACCUUAAUCGGACGACAUGGCAGCCUGAAAACUGUAAAACUGGUGGCUCACAGAUCCUCGGUUAAGUAUGAUGACGCUUCAAAAGCAACCAUUAACUGGUUUAACGUAGCACCUCCCGCGAAUCUCCAGAGAUUUGAAUGCUCUCCACACAGCCGCAUCAUAUUUGAUGAAAUCCCAUGGGGGAAGAGGCGACUUGGCCACCUGUGCAUUCUGAAGAUUGAAGUGAGGGAACUGCUAGUAAAUGAUGUUGAUAUUCUUAGAGGGAUGCCUGCCCUCACUGCUCUGUCAUUGUAUGUGGAGAUGGCGCCUAGCGUGAAGAUCAUCUUUGGCAUGGCUGUAGGAUUCACAGCUCUCAAGUACUUCAAGCUGAAGUUCGCAAGUGGAAUAGCUUGGCUAAAAUUUGAGGCGGACGCAAUGCCUAAUCUCUGGAAGCUCAAGCUCGUUUUCAAUUACAUCCCCCGAAUGGACCAACGACUUAAUCUUUUUUCGAAGCCUGACCAGUGGAAACAAUAUCGACAUGGUACUGCAUUAAUCAGCAUCAAUCAUAUGACAGGCCUUAGAGAAGUCUCCGCAAAAUUUGGAGGUGCAGCUGCUGAUCUGCAGUAUGUCUCGAGGAUCGGCGUAGUUAUUAAUCAUCCGGGCAAUCCUGUAAUCAGCGUGCAAUUAGUGGAUUCCGGUUCCGAUGGUGAUAAAAGGAUAUCAUCAGAGUCCUCUUCAGGCUUGCAUCCUCCAGGUGCAGAUGGUGGAGAGCAACAGGAUGUGGUCUCGUGGAGCAAUACCAUUGGUGUGAUAGGCCGGGAACUCUUCAUCUAUUGCCUCCAUCGUAUGUCCAGGUGGGACUAUGGCUCCAUCGCCUCCCUGAACCGCGACUUCAAUUCGGUGGUUCGCAACGGGGAGAUCUACCGCCUGCGUCGGAAGAAUGGGGUCGCAGAGCACUGGCUCUACCUCUCUUGCAGUGAUCCCCACGAGUGGGAGGCUUAUGACCCGUCCACUGGGCGCUGGAUCCAAGUGCCCAAGAUGCCACCGGCUCAAAGCAUCCUCUGGGAGUCGCUUGCUGUAGGAACUGAGUUGCUGGUUUUUGGGAACGAGGGGGUUGCCUUGAGAUAUAGCAUCCUUACCAAUUCAUGGACAUGGCUGGCUGAUGCGAUGUACCCCCCGCGGUACUUGUUUGGGUCAGCAAGUGUCGGUGAAAAGGCGUAUGUCGCGGGAGGCAAGGUUUCUUACGUUAGUUACUUGAGCUCCGCAGAGAUGUAUGACUCGGAGGCACAUACUUGGACACCCCUUCCCAACAUGAAUAGGGCUAGGCACAAAUGCUCUGGUGCGUUCAUGGAUGGCAAGUUCUAUGUGAUCGGUGGUGUUACCCGUAGCCGCGAGCUCUUGACAUGCGGUGAGGAGUAUGACCUGAACCGGCGGUCAUGGAGGGUCAUCGACAAUAUGUCUCAGGGGCUCAACAGUACAGCCAUUGGUGCUCCUCCGCUCAUUGCAGUUGUGAACAAUGAGCUUUAUGGCGCUGAUUACAGUGUGAAUAAUGAUCUGAAGCAGUAUGAUAAGCUGGACAACAAGUGGAUCACUCUUGGAAAAUUGCCUGUACUGUCUAAGGACAAAGAUGGCUGGGACAUGGGAUUCCGAGCAUGUGGUGACCGGCUGAUUGUAAUUGGGUCUCCAAACAAUUCUAGUGAUGAGAAGGCGGUUGAGCUUCAUUCAUGGACCCCGGAUGAGCAACCGCCUUUGUGGAAUUUGUUUGCCACACGCCCAUACGGGGGCGACCAGAUUUUGUGCACCGUCAUGGGUUGCUGAGUCCACGCGGAAUAAAUACGGGGACAUCUAUUGAUGAUUCAACUUUGGCGGCAACUCGUGCUCUCUAUAAUCAAUCAGUGGCUGCUGGAAAGUCUGCCUGUGCCUCAUUCUCAAGUCUGCUGGAGUGUCCUGUGAGCACUGGUGCUACAAAAAGAGAAGACAUGUAUGAGUUUGGAGAAAGUGACAAUUUGGUUUUUUCAGUUGCUAGCUAGCUGUGAUUUCUUGUUUCAAUUUGGAUUCCAGAAAUGUUACUGGCUGUUACUAUGACCCAAAUUUAUCUGUACCGUAGCAUGCUACUAUCAGUUAUUUUUUAACAUCAAAUUCAGUCUGUAUCUUGCAUUCUUUUCUGUUCAAAAUUUCUCAAACUCGGAAUAAAUAAAACUGUUUGGACAGAAGCA